AUGGAUCGUUGUUGUCCAGAUACUCAACACCAGGAAGACCCGGAAGGCCCCCCUGAAGGGGGGUACGGCUGGGUGUGUGUCGCCGCAACUUUCCUGAUUAAUGCCCAUACUUGGGGCAUCAACAGUGCAUACGGUGUUAUCCUUGCCUUUUAUCUCUCCGACCAUACCUUCCCCGGCACCACCGCACUUGAUUACGCCUUUGUGGGCGGCCUCAGUAUCGCAUGUGCCAUGCUUGUGUCUCCCCUGGCGACCUUUCUGGUACAUCACUGCGGCAUAAAUGUGACCAUUGUCAUAGGGGCAGUCUUUGAAGCGGUCUCGCUGAUAACAACGUCCUUUGUCGGGAGAAACUGGCAACUAUUCCUCUCCCAGGGCAUCUGCUUCGGUAUUGGCAUGGGUCUCUGCUUCAUAGGUUCUGUGGGAGUGACCUCUCACUGGUUCGAAAAACGCCGAAGCCUUGCGAAUGGAAUCUCGGCUGCUGGUUCUGGGAUUGGCGGUCUUACAUACUCGUUGGCGACAGGGGCCAUGAUUCCCCGGCUGGACUUUCCGUGGACUAUGCGAAUCCUUGGCAUCAUCUGCUUCGCCGUAAACCUGACAUGCGGAAGCCUACUUCGUCUCCCACCCAAGGAGAAAAAUAGAUCCAAGGGCGCUGCGCUGCGGUUCUCUGUGGUCCGGAAUCUGCAGUACAACAUCUUGCUGGCAUGGGCCUUCCUAAGCAGCAUGGCAUACGUGGUGUUGCUAUUCAGUCUUUCGAGCUAUGCUGUGGCUGUAGGCUUGACGCAGCAUCAAGGCAGUAUCAUCAGCGCACUCCUGAACCUCGGCCAAGCCUUUGGCCGACCUGGAGUCGGGGUUCUAAGCGACAAACUUGGGAGGUUCAACGUUGCCAUGGCCGCCACCUUUUUAUCAGGCUUCUUCUGCUUUGUUUUCUGGGUCUUUGCAAAGUCCAUGGUGGCGCUUUGCUUCUUCGCCAUGGUCAUUGGCUUGGUAGCAGGGACUCUGUGGGCAACGGCAGCUCCGUUGGCGGCAGAGGCUGUUGGCCUUGGUAACAUGUCGAGUGCCCUGGGGGUCCUAUGGUUGGCAUUGGGGCCUCCUACCGCUGUGGCAGAGGCCAUUGCUGUAAAACUAAGGGACAAUGAGGCAGACAAGUACCCGUAUCUUCGGGUGCAGAUGUUUGCCGGGGCAAUGUAUGUUUCUGCUGCAUUGUGCCUGGCAUUGUUGAAGUAUAUGCGGGUUUCUACCAAGAAGUAG